AAAAGCUCCCGUGUAAAUGGAAAGUGGCUUGUGAACCCUCUGGAUGAACAGCACAGGUUCUGACUCACAACUGCAGUAGUACUGUGCAAAAAAACCAAAAAACCCCUCUGUGACUCAAAGGAUAGAAAUGUUUGACUUCUGUAAGCCCGACUGAUGGAAAGAAAUGAUCCAUUUUAUAGACUGAGAGCUUGACAAGAGGUUUUCUGUUGGAAUAUACGUCACACAUUUAUGGCGAUUCUGAGCAUCAGGGCAGAUUUCUGCCAGGCCCAGCACAGCACCCUGGCUGACAAGUGAGCGUGUCCUACGUACCAUAAUUACUUUGCCUUGAAGACUCCAGAUACAGCGGUCACCCUCAAAUAUAUGGGAUAUCUUCUGCAUAUUGGAAGCAUAUUCCUUUUACUGACUCAAGCAAAACUAAGCAUCAAGAAAACAAAGUGGAGAGAAGAAGAUCUGUCCUUAUUUUUUUUGCCUCACCAGUGCCUAAAUGUAGUACAGGCUGCCUAGUCUUGCAUGUAGUCAGAAUUUUUGGAGUCUGAAGGAUACCACCUGCAGUUAUUGAGGCCUAAAUUGAAUUCAAGUGGAUUCUAAAGCAAACCUGGUUUUCUUGAAGUGAAAAAUCUUAAAGAACAAACAAGUCAAUAAAGAGAGUUCUGAUCGAGCCCAGGCAUUUUAGUGGUCUUUUUAAUGUUUUCUGCUGUGAAACGUUUCAAGGGUUAUUGAUUUUUUUUUUUUAAUUUUUUUUUGCCCCCACAUAUAUUUUUUUGUUUGCCAUUAUGAACCGUCCAGCCCCAGUGGAGAUUACUUAUGAGAGUAUGCGUUUCCUGAUCACUCACAACCCAACCAAUGCAACCCUCAACAAGUUCACAGAGGAGCUUAAGAAGUAUGGAGUGACAACCUUGGUGCGAGUUUGUGAUGCCACGUAUGAUAAAGCUCCUGUUGAAAAAGAAGGAAUCCAAGUUCUAGACUGGCCAUUUGAUGAUGGAGCGCCUCCCCCAAAUCAAAUAGUUGAUGACUGGCUAAACCUGUUGAAAACCAAAUUUCGUGAAGAGCCUGGCUGCUGUGUUGCUGUGCAUUGUGUUGCAGGAUUGGGAAGGGCCCCUGUCCUAGUUGCACUGGCUCUCAUUGAAUGUGGAAUGAAGUAUGAGGAUGCAGUUCAGUUCAUAAGGCAGAAAAGGAGGGGAGCUUUCAAUUCCAAACAGCUGCUUUACCUUGAGAAAUACCGACCUAAGAUGCGAUUACGCUUCAAAGAUACCAAUGGUCACUGCUGUGUUCAGUAAAAGAAACCUUAAACGAAGGCUGAAGUUAUCAUGGCUGUUUUCUGGACUCUUGUCACCUGGAAAUGUGAAUCUGGAAUCAAACUAAGUCAUCAAAUUAGUGGUGGAGUCAGUGCUCCUCAGCCUCUGUCCUAAUGGUGGUGAUGAUUUAAAAAAAAAAAUAAAAUUAAAAAAAGAAACAUUUCAGUGAAGGAUUGUUUUCUCCUCAAGGUGCAGUUUGAAUAUCUGCCGGGAGAAAAUCAGUUUCUGAACCUUCUGUAUUUUUAACUUUUUUUAAAAAAAUAAAAUAAAGUGAAGUUUAUGUCUAAGGAAAACCAGCAGAGCAUUGGGUUUUGCAGAAACCAUUUUCUUGGUUCGGGGACAGUGCUUCAUAGUUAGGUCCUGGCAUGUGGAAUUUCCUUUGAGACUUCUUUUUUUUUUUAAUUAUUAUUAUUAUUAUUAUUAUUUUUAAUUAGUUCCCCCCCCCCCCCCCUUCCUUGCUGGGAGCUGGCAGACAGAAAUAAGGAGGAGCCUUUGUUGCUGUAGGUGAGCAGUCUGACAGCCUUAAGUCCAACUGGGCACUCUUCUAGAAAUAUAGUGGUGGUUGUGUUGUGUGUCUAUGUGGUAUUUAGACUUUGCAAAUGACAGGAUGUUUUUGGUAGUUUUCUUUAACUGAAGACUCUCUCUAAUACACUUGGGGAACCUGCUAAAGGCCUUUUCUAAUUGGUGGAGGUAGUAUUUUUACAAAUAUGCUCUGUGUGCAUGUGGGCACGUGUGUGUGUGUGUGUGUGUGUGUGUGUGUGUGUAUGUGUGUGUGCGCGCUUGACUAAAUCGUACUUCUCCAAAAAACUUGGCUGAGAAGUUAACUUUCUGCUAGUUGGGUAGAAAAAUUAUAUCUUGGUGGAGGAAGAUUCAGACAUCCAUAAUCCAGAAGUGUCCUAGUCAACUAAAGGAGAUUCCAGGCAGGGAGUUCUUAAACUCCUCUGUCCUAAGAAACAAAAAGGCUGUUGUGGUCAUUGUCCAGGUUAUCUCUGCCUCUUUGAACAUAAACCAGGACUUGAAGGGUCUCAUUGGUACUGCAUGUGAGGCUCAGGUAGUACAUAUGCAGUUUGGUCUCUGAAUAAAUGCCUGAUUAUGGGUAUUUUCCCAGACUGGUCCUCAUGUACAGUUCAGUUUAACCACUGAUUGCCUUGUUCUUUUUUUCUUUACCAGGCUCUUUGUGAGAGAGAAUCACUGGUUACACACCAACAAUGCCUAAUGUGCACACGCUGUCAGCAGGCCGUAACUUACGGGGUGGGGAAAAUGCUGAUUUUGGGGGUAGGGGCUGGAAUGUAUUGUUUGUGGACCAGUGCAGUAUUUUCUUUGCAGAGUCAUUGCUGGGUUCAGUGCACUAAUCCAGACUAGUCAUUUGCACUGCCUCUGAGAGGUAGUUUCAGUAAAACUGGUUUUACCAAAUUAAUUGUAAUGCCAGCUUAGUGUUCUGCCACAUUAGUGAUCGUGUGUGCUUUCAACUCAACAUUGUGUUUGUAAUAUUGGUCAGCCGCUGAGGACUUGGAACGCAGGUUUAGGAUCGUCUUGUCCUGUGGUCUCUUGCUGUGCAGCAUCAAAGGCUUUCAUUGUCUGUCCCAGCAGCAGUGCCAGCAAGUGCAGACUGGUACCCCCUCCUUAGUAAUACCUCAGAUGCUGGUUAUGUGAACUGCCUCUAUAGGAUAUUUUCCUAUUCCAAAGUUUUGUUUUAAUUUGUAACCUAACAAAACUGCAUCAACACUUUCAGAAAACAUAUAAUGGAUUUUAAAAUUCUAUUUCUAGAAGUGUGUUUAAGUUCAAACAAAAAAUGAUGGUACUACUCAAACCUUCCCACUUAAGGACAUGCCAAAAGAUCCCUUUUUAGGUUCAAGGCUAUAAAACACUGCACCCCCCCAAAGCUCAGAUACUGUACCUUGACUCGAGCUGUAUUAAUGUAGUAACAAACUCCUUCCUGCCUUAAAAUGUGUAAUGUGCUCAAUUUUUGUGUGUGUGUUGUAGAUAAAGGGGGCGCACAAGUGUGCAUGAUGCUAAUUCCUACAUGUUAGGAAAAUAAUUGGUAAUGUUUGAUUCUGCGCAGGGGUACAUAAGGCUGGAAGCAUCCAAUAUUGGCCCUUCCCCCCCCCCCCCCCCCCCCCCGAACAACAAACCAACAUUUUAAUUAUUCUCAGAAUUGGAUUUUUGUUUCUGCGAAAUUAAAAUCUUUGAUUUUGAACUGAAUAAAGUAUUGAUAGCUGACGUCGGUUUGACAAAUGAGAGAGAUGUUGGACUGGAGGGGAAAAAGGGUUGUAGCCAGAUUGAAAACCAAAGCCCAGACCCUUUAAAAGAACAAUAAAAAACCCUAUUUACAUGCUCUGUGUAUAACUGCAUUCCUCCUAGUUUUACUUACAAUAUACUAUAUUAGCUUGUACUAUGACCCUGCAACCUUAACUGAAUUGAGAAAACAGGAUAAAGUCACAUGGGUCCACAGACAGUGCACAGACGCGUAUACAGUGUAGACAUGGAGCGUGAGGGGCUCGAUUGUGUCCGGGGCCCAACAGGCAUAAUAGCUGGUUCAGCACUUGGACAUAGUGCAAUAAAGUUCUUACUGUAAAUGGCUCUUA